GAGGGACUCCCCCAAGGGGGAGGAGACAACUCCUGGUUGGGAGAGGCUCCUCCCCUCCUCCCCAGGGUAACUGGCAGGGUGUGGGGGGUGUGCCACCUUCCCCAGGUAGGACCUCCUUCUCCUCCUCCACCCAUUCCCCCCUCGGCUCCUCAUCCUCAGGGGACCCAGUUCCCCUCACAAGCUUGGGAGGUUCAGUCAAGGACAGGAAGACCCACUGAGGAUGAGAACAGUCACCUGCCUCUGAAAAGGGGAAUCCCUCCAACCUCAAACUCCAGUACCAGGUGGUUUCCUCCCUUUGCCGGGGGACUGGUGGAGACAGAGCCCAGAAGUAACAUGGCUUCUGACCUAGAAAGUAGCCUCACUUCCAUAGACUGGCUUCCCCAGCUGACCCUCCGAGCUACCAUUGAGAAGCUUGGGAGUGCCUCCCAGGCUGGAACUCCAGGGGGCAGCCGCAAGUGUUCCCCAGGCUCACCCACAGAUCCUAAUGCCACCCUGAGCAAAGAUGAGGCAGCAGUCCACCAGGAUGGCAAACCCCGAUACAGCUAUGCUACACUCAUCACCUAUGCCAUCAACUCCUCUCCAGCCAAGAAGAUGACCCUCAGUGAGAUUUACCGUUGGAUCUGUGAUAACUUCCCCUAUUACAAGAAUGCUGGCAUUGGUUGGAAGAAUUCCAUUCGGCACAACCUCUCUCUCAACAAGUGUUUCCGGAAGGUGCCUAGACCUCGGGAUGACCCUGGGAAGGGCUCUUAUUGGACAAUAGAUACCUGCCCUGACAUUUCCCGAAAGAGAAGACACCCUCCAGAUGAUGAUCUAUCCCAAGACUCACCAGAACAGGAAGCAAGCAAGAGCCCACGGGGAGGUGUUCCAGGGAGUGGAGAAGCCUCGCUGCCUCCUGAGGGGAAUCCUCAGAUGUCACUUCAGAGCCCCACAUCUAUGGCCAGCUAUAGCCAGGGAACAGGGUCUGUGGAUGGUGGAGCAGUGGCAUCAGGGGCUCCAAGCCGAGAAAGCUCUGAGGGUCCCCCUCCCCUCUAUAACACCAACCACGACUUCAAAUUCUCCUACUCAGAGAUCAACUUUCAGGAUCUAAGCUGGUCCUUCCGCAACCUCUAUAAAUCCAUGCUGGAGAAGUCCUCUUCUUCUUCGCAGCAUGGCUUUUCGUCUCUCCUGGGGGACAUGACACCUUCUAACAACUACUACAUGUAUCAGCAGCAACAGCCGCCGCCAACUCAACAGCAGCAGCAGCAGCCAUCGCAGCCACAGCCACCUCCUCAACAGUCACAGCCACAGUCGCAGCAGGCACCAGCCCAGGGCCCCUCAACUGUGGGGGGUGCCCCUCCACUGCAUACCCCAAGCCCUGAUGGUUGUACCCCACCAGGGGCAAAGCAAACUGGGCCUGAAAGCUAUGGGCCUCCCCCUGUGAUGGCCAUGCAUCCUCCCACACUGCAGCACGGGGGCUACCAUCCUCAUCAGCACCAUCCCCAUCCCCACCCUGCCCAGCAGCAGCCACCACCACAACAGCAGGCACAAGGCCAGGCACCUAUCAACAGUACUGGCUUUGCCUUUCCUCCUGAUUGGUGCUCCAAUAUUGACUCCUUAAAGGAAAGCUUUAAGAUGGUGAAUCGGCUUAACUGGUCCAGCAUUGAGCAGUCCCAGUUCUCAGAACUCAUGGAGAGUCUACGACAGGCAGAGCAAAAGAACUGGACCCUCGACCAGCAUCACAUUGCCAAUCUGUGUGACUCCCUCAACCACUUCCUAACUCAGACUGGUCACAUGCCUCCUCAAGGGGGCUCCCACCGGCCACCAGCCCCUGCUCGGAUUACUGACUCCUGUGCCCUCACCAGUGGCAAACAGGAGACAGCCAUGAACCAAGUGAAUUCCUAUGGACAUCCACAAGGCCCCCACCUCUACCCUGGUCCAUCACCAAUGUACCCAAUCCCUACCCAGGACUCAGCAGGAUAUAAUCGCCCAGCACAUCAUAUGGUCCCUCGGCCACCGGUCCCACCUCCUGGUGCCAGUGAGGAGAUCCCUGAUGACUUCGACUGGGACUUGAUCACUUAAUAGAGUGGACAUCAGCCCCGGGUCUGGUGGUUAAGUCUGGCCAUGAAGAAAGAGCAACCCUAGCCCGUCCCUUCUCCUGCUUGUAUAUAGAUAUAUAUCCACUUUUUGUUCUUUCUGUCAGAGAAGCCACCGCAAGAUGCUGCCGAAGAUAAUUCCCUUUUUCCUUCCUCAUUUUUCUCUUGUCCUUCCUGUUUUUCCCCUAAUUUGUUUAUUGUUAUUCUAAUUAUGUUGUUUUUGUUAUUAUUAUUAUUAUUAUUAUUGGUUAUAUACUGUCCCCAAUCUCCUUUUCCUACACCAUGGACUGUGUCUACCCCUUGCUAAUUUAAAGUCAUCAGGUUGGAAGACAAGGCCAUGAUAGCUGUAGAGAAAGGUUUCAAUUUUUUUGUUUACCUUUCUCUUCGAGAAACUCAAUGCGAAUCCCACCUUCUAGCUUUAAGUUGUUUGCUGUUCCUGUCUGUUUCAGCUCAGGACUGGAGAGUCCACACAGUCGAGUAGAAGGGAUCUAAAACACUGCUUGGCAGCCAUGAAUUUGCAGGUUUUACUCAAUGGUGCUAAUUCUGUCCUCCGAGCUCGUCUCUGACCCUUUGUCCCAUCAAUCCUUACUUCUUCUGACAAUCCUCAUUCCCCAUCAAGGAUAAGAUGGAUGCUGGUUCAGGAGAGCGACAAUAAAAUCUUAGUGGAAUUAGAGACUGGAUUGGGUUGAGUAGAACACUGUGGAGAAGUGAAUAUAAAUCGGUGUGAAAUACGGUAUAUAUUGCUGUGUCAUGUAAGCUCUCAUUGGCUUAUUCCUAGCCCAUUUUCUAAGGAAAUUGGAUUGGCCUUGGCUUGAACUCUUCUUCUAUGGUUGUACAUGAGGACAGCUAUUCAGCAUAGGCUCAGCUUCUUGGAGAUGAUUUCAACUUAGUCAUCUUGGCUUUUUAAAAAUAAUUCUCUCUGAAAAUUAACAAUGGCUCUGACUUUCAUAGGUUGCCUUCAUUACCUUUUCCCAUGGAGCAAAUAUCAUUUUGAGCUCUAGUUGUUUGCCCUAAUAUUUAAACUAUCUUGUUUUCUUCCUUCAUUUCCUGGGAGUCUCAAGAAAGAAAAAGUAAGGCAUUCAUACUGUGGGUUUCAUUAUGUCCUCGUUAUGAUAUGGGAAUCUCUUUCCUGCAUCAUAGCAGAAUCACACUUAUAGAAUUGGUAGUGGAGGGUGGGGAGAGGAAAAAGGAGCUGGCAUAGAUUUGGUUAGGGAAUAUUUCAUUUAUUUAAUAUAUAUAGGAAGAUGCUACUCUUGAAAUACAGAUCAUCAGGGCUAAAGCUUUUGCAAUUAGCCUCUUGACAGGUGGAGGAAAUUGGGAGAAGAGAGAAAAUGAUCUAGAAGAAAGAGUUCAGUGAGGACCAAGGGCAACUUCUAGAAGAAGUUACAGGGAUAACUUGUCUCCUUCAACAAGGGAUGGCCAUGAUUUAUUGCUGCAAAGUUCGUAGUAUAUAUUUAAUAUAACUUGUUGCAUUUGAGUUAGGAGAGGGAAGAACAAUUUUACUUCUAUUUUUAUUUCACUGAAUUUUCCCUUUCUGAAAGCUGCAGGACAGAAUGUAUGGAAUGGACACAGCCCUUUAUGAUUUCUACUGUUUGUUCAUAUCCUUUUAUUUAUCCAUGUUUUCCAAGAUAUUGGACUUUCUAAUCUCCUGCUUUUCCCCCUCAUAUACCCCUUUCCUUUCUUUGGAAGGGGGUUAUAUAUGAGUUUGUUGGAGAAGUUCAGUGAGGCUGAAGUAAAGGGGCAAGAUAGGGCAGUUAACUAAAGAGCACUUUAUUUCUUUGAAGCCUUUGUAAGAAAUAAAUGGGGAUGAGAGUAGAUUGAAUCCCUCAUUGUGUUGGAGAAUACUUAGUGAGGUUGAAGUAUGACACAAUAUUUUCCAUUAGGGAGAGGGGUAUUUCUUAUAGAGGGAGGCAAAAUGCCUUUGCCUGGUGUCCCUAUGUUAGGCAUCUCUUCCUUAUUCCUUCCAUUCAAGGUACACCCUACAUAUAAUUUCCCUUCAGUUCUCCCCAAGAUUCUUUCUUUACAGAUUAACACUCCUCUUUUCUAAAACCCCUUUCUACUCGGUUCCAUACAGAGUUAGGAAGGGUAGGCUAAAUCAUACACACAAAUGCCCCUUGUUCAUCUGUGUCUUCUGAAAACUAGUUUCAUUAAGAAUCCCGGUGGUCAGCCAGAGUAACUGAAGUUUGGGGCUGGGACUGGAGAUUGGCCAGUAGGUCACCUGAGAUUCCAGCUUUUCUCCACCAAAAUCAGCCUUGCUAAAUGGUACAGGACAAAUCUGACUCCCAUUGGGCCUCAAUUUCCCUUUCCCUCCAUGAAAUGGAAAGAAUACUACUUUUUAUUAUUGGUCCAGCAUUGCUGGACAUGAAGUAUAGUCAUUGUUGUUGUAUUGGGUGAUGUGUGAAAAUUGCAGGAGCUCACUGCCUAAAUGAGGAAAUAAGGGAGAAAGCAGAGGAGAGGGACAAAAGGAGCAAGUGUCUGGUAUCAACCUAACCAUCCCAGGUUUCCUCUCCUCAACCCCAUGUUUCUGGUCUGGUGAGUCCUUUAUACCACCCAUAAUGCUUUGCAUUGGUGCAGGCUGGGAAGGGGUAUAUGGUUUCACAAUUCGAUGUUGUUGUUCUUGGGUUUUUUUUUUUUUUUGCAUGCUUUCUUAAUAAAAAAAAAAUGUUUCCAGUUUUAUCUUA